UAUUUGCGCCGUUACUAUUCUCAGAACGGCUUUCUGUUAAUAGAUAUUUAGUUAUUUAGCAUUACUAUUUGUGUUUUCACACUGUCGUUCUUCGUCAGUCUUUAAGUCAGUCUUAAAAGUACAAUAGUAGAGUAACCAAGUAGAAAUCUACGCAUCAGCUGGAGACGCCUACGGUAAUCUCAAGGAAAAGUGCGGCUAAUAUCGGGAACCGUUUAAUUCAUUCGGGUGACAGUGGCGUUAAAAUGCGGUGUACGGCGCGGACGCAGUCAUGAGCGAUGCUACAUAGGCGACGGUGUAUACUGCGUGUAACGACAAGCUUUGUAUGGAUAACAAGAAAAACGGGAAUUAAAAUGUGGACGUGGUCUUUACAGGCAAUAUAAGCGAUUGGAGGAUUAAUGACACAGAUGCAGGAUGCCAGUUAGAGAUUCCCCGCAAUGCUCGAUGGAUUACCCCUCUGAUCUGUAGGGUAACUCACCUUACCGAACGAAGCGGCUGGGGACGGACUUUCCCAUAUAAACCGAAUUUCGCAGUUCUGUCACUCGGUGCCAAUUAAGGGAAACUUAGUCCUGCCGCCGCCUGAACGCUGAGAUCUAUCUGAAACCGAGAUCUGUCUUCGGCGUUUUCGCGUUUAAAGGGGACACAUCACCACCAUCGGAACCAUAAAUUCACAUGGGCUUUACCCGAGCUCGCUGCCAGGAUAACGGUGCCGCAGAUCCCGAACAUGAGAAGCGAUGGGCCGAACUAUUCGAGCAGCUGGACCUGAAUAAUGACGGGCGGAUCGACGUGGGCGAGCUGCGGGCAGGACUUGCCGCCCGGGGGAUACUAAGGAGCGACGCGGAGGAGCAGAUCGUGCGUGUGAGUGACACCAAUCAUGACGGCCAGCUGGACUUUGAGGAGUUCACGCAGUACCUGCGAGCGCAUGAGAAGGAGCUGCUGCUCAUGUUUCGCAGUCUGGACCGCAACGAUGAUGGUCAGAUAGAUGUUGGGGAGAUCCAGCAGUCCCUGCAUAACCUGGGGGUGGACAUCUCCAAGGAUCAGGCCUCCAGGAUCCUGCAGAGCAUGGACAAUGACGGCACCAUGGCCAUCAACUGGAACAAGUGGCGAGAUCACUUCCUGCUGAACCCUCUCCACAGCAUGGAGGAUGUUGCUCACUUUUGGAAGCACUCUCUGAUGUUGGACAUCGGGGAGCAUCUGACCGUGCCGGACGACUUCUCAGAGCAGGAGAAGAGGUUGGGGGUCGUGUGGAGGCAGCUGGCAGCAGGGGCGAUGGCGGGGGCGGUGUCUCGCACUGGCACUGCCCCUCUGGACCGGCUCAAAGUCUUCCUUCAGGUGCAUGGCUCCAGCCCGCGGAGGAUGGGCCUCUGGAAUGACCUGCUGGGGAUGGUCCGCGAGGGCGGGGUACGCUCCCUCUGGCGGGGCAACGGCAUCAAUGUGCUCAAGAUCGCCCCGGAAUCUGCCAUCAAGUUCAUGGCAUAUGAGCAGAUCAAGUGGCUGAUGAAAGGCGGUAAGGAUGGCGGCUCUCUGCGGGUCCACGAGCGAUUCGUCGCAGGCUCGCUGGCGGGGGCCACCGCACAGACCAUCAUCUACCCCAUGGAGGUGUUGAAGACCCGGCUCACUUUGCGGAAGACGGGGCAGUACUCAGGGAUGGUUGACUGCGGCAAACAGCUCCUCCGCAGGGAGGGGGUGCGCGCUUUCUACCGAGGCUACGUGCCAAACACGCUGGGCAUCAUUCCCUACGCGGGCAUCGACCUGGCUGUCUACGAGACACUAAAAAACGCCUGGCUGCAGACCUACUGCGUUGGUACUGCCGACCCAGGGGUCCUGGUGCUGCUGGGCUGCGGCACCGUGUCCAGCACCUGUGGCCAGUUGGCCAGUUAUCCGCUGGCGCUGAUCCGGACCCGCAUGCAGGCCCAGGCGGUUGUGGAGGGCAAACCACAGCUGACCAUGCUGGGUCAGUUCAAGCACAUCGUGUCUAGCGAGGGGGUGUCUGGACUGUACCGGGGCAUCGCCCCCAACUUUCUCAAGGUCAUCCCUGCCGUCAGCAUCUCCUACGUGGUGUACGAGCAUAUGAAGAAGGUGCUGGGGGUGGCUCGUAGAUAAGCAGGUCAUCGUGAUCCCUACCCCUCCAAGUGCUUCGGAGGGGGGGGGGGGGCACAACAGCUACUUCCUAAAGUGAGGAUUGCUGGCUUGAGACUACUGGGGUGUUUAUCAAUACCGGGAAAGCAAAGAACGUUCUUGUGUUCUUAGCAACUCAACUGACCGUACUAACACAAGUACGGUCAGUUGAGCAUAUUUAAUUGAUACUUUAUUGAUCCCCGUGGGGAAAUUGUUUUUACGCCUCCCUCAACUUGCUCUUUGUAGAGCAAGCUGUCCGCGAAGGGCAGCCACCUGUAGAUAAACACCCUUGGUCUCCAUUAAGGAUCUGCUGCUUCUAAUAAUAAUAUUCGAUACUUUAUUAUUCCCCGUGGGGAAACUUUCUUUAUGCCUCCCUCAACUUGCUCUUUGUGGUGCCGUAGCGGCACCCAGGAAGUUGGGGGUUAAGGGCUUUGUUCAAGGACCCACAGACAUGCUGAGGUUGGGUUUUAAACUGGCAACCUUGUGAUUACAGGCACACAGGCACACAGGCUUAGCCCACUGAGCCACAUGCUGCCCCUUAACAUACCAGGGGCAGUGUUUAGCCUUUGAUCCUGGACAGUGCAGUGAGGGUUCCCCAUUUAGCCUUUGAUCCCAGACAGUGCAGUGAGGGUUCCCCGUUUAUCCUUUGAUCUCGGACAGUGCAGUGAGGGUUCCCCGUUUAGCCUUUGAUCCCAGAGAGUGCAGUGAGGGUUCCCCGUUUAGCCUUUGAUCCCGGACAGUGCAGUGAGGGUUCCCUGCCUCUCCCUGCACUGUGCUGCCCCAUUUGGCUCGUUGUUCGUUUCACACUGUCUGUGAAAAAGUGGGAUUGAAACCAGGUUUAGAACAAAUUCAUGCAAAAAAGAGAAACAAAGAAAUAUUACUCAUUUACAGUUUACAAUUUAACUUUUCUCAGUCGAGUUUCACUAUAUAAGUUAAUAAAUGUAUGAAUAUGUGAAUAUGUUAUAUAUUUAAAUAUAUUUCUUUCAUAUGUUCAUUUAUGUAUAUAUUGUACUUACAUAAAAUGUAUUAUUUAUUGAGGCUCUUUUAUAUGGAGAAGAGAUAUUUUAAAACCUAUUUUAAAAUGUCUUACCUACUGUUCCUAUUUGAUUGUGGAUGAGUAGUUUUCCAUAACAGUAAUUUUUGGAAUAUUCUUGCAGUUUGCCCUGAGCAAUUUUUACAGGGCUCCAUUUGACUUUUUUUAAAAGAUGAUAAUCUUUCAAAACUUCUGGAUUGUUGUGUAGUCUGGGACUGUCCUUUCGGAAAUAAGAACAUGCAUAUUUUUGAUCAGCGAGAAAAACGGUGGUAGCAGGUUUUGAAUGUUAACACUGUGCCUUCGAGAGGAUGGAAUGAAAGGCCCAUAACUGCAGUGUGUGUGCUUGUAGACGCCUGCUUCCUCAGAUAGUGUUUUUUGAAGAAGACACCACUACUGUCUCACUCGUGCUCGUUUGCCUUCGUGUGCUGCUUUGAACUUGCACUAUGCUUGAAAACUGGCUUGCUGUGUAUGACUUACUGACUGUAAGACCAAGAAAAGGGCCUGUGCACGACUGUCCUCUGGAAUUUGACACCCUGGGGACUGUGAAGCACUGGCCUAUUUAUCUGUGAUGACAGGCCUAUUUAUCUGUGAUGACAUGUCUACUGCAUGAUCUUGCACGUUGAUAAAACACGCAACUUGCUCAUUUAUGGCAAGGAGUAAACAAGCAAACUACACCAAAUUAAAUGAUGUCUCUCAAAGAACUAAGCACUACAAGUGUACUUUAAAUGAACUUUUAUAAACAUGAUGUAACGUUAAUGAAUGAGCUGCUUGAUUCAUUCAGUCAGUAGAUGCUGGCAUCAUUGUGAAGUGAAGAGGCCCUCAACCCGGAAUCCAGGGGGCAGCAGUGAGUGCCAGAAACUCCUCAAAAACCAUUUGCAAAGUCAGAAUAGCGAAUUGUUAAACAAGUUCAAAUAGCAGAAUAAUUAGAUUGAUUACCAUAAAGCAUGAUAUUGAUUACCAAUAGCACUGGAGGUGAGGGCCACUGUCUUACAUGUCAGUCCAGAUCGCACGUGGCUGGUUUUGAAUGUUGACUGUCAUAUUAAAACCUUAACAGCUUGACUGACAUGCCCGAGCACUGGGUGUUUUCCGGUCAGGCGUUAAAAAAUGCAAAAUGCAGCGUAAACUAACAGCCAAGAUGGGAAGAGAGGAAUUGCGAGAAAGCAUGAAGUGCAGAAGAAGGGCAGGUGACUGAAAGGGAAAGAAAUCUCUGCAUCUGAAAAAAAAGGCAUUUUGGAAACUCUGGUCCAGUCAUGAGAGGGCUGUAAAAUGGCUGCCUAGAUAUUCAGCACAUUUCAACUAAAAGCAACUACUGUGUUUUGAAAUGCGUAAAGCAAUGUUUCUACUGACUGAAUAUUGUAUUUUAUAUGAAUUAAUACCAUUAUAACAAAUAUUUGCAUUACAAGUUAAGAUUGUAUCUGUUUGCAUUUUAAACUGGAAUGCAUAUUUUUGUAUCACUAUCAAGUGGGACUUUGAGAUUGUAUGCAUGGAAGUGAAUGGAAGACAAUCUCAGUCUUCUGUGUGAUUUGUGUUUAUUCCCAGUAUUGAAAUUGCAUGCUGUUGAUGCAGAAAAUAGUGUGUCUUUUUAAUGUCUAUUUUAGAACUGUGUUUUUAAAGCAUCCAUUUUCAGAGUUUAGAACAGAGUUUGUACAUAUGUAAAAUUAGUCCUUUUAAAUUUAGUUACACUGUUAUCUAAAAACGUGUCAUUUGGCUGCCCAAACAUUUCCUACUUUUUAAAAGUCACUUUUCCCUGCAGUUUUUCUACACACACUCCGAUGGAGCGUGCACCGUCCGAUAAGAGGCUCUUGCUAUGUGGGAAAUGGGACAGUGCAGUUCAGACAAACGAUCAUGUUCCUAAUGAUUUUAAGCUUUUACCAGGUGCUCUAGUGCUUAGGGAGCUGGACAAAAAAAGUUCAUAUUAAUUCCAGAAUUAUUUCCAGAAGAAACAAAGUGAAAGUUUUACUUUGGAUAAGCUGAACAAAUAAAGAAUUUAAAACAAA